CUAGGGGAGGACCGCUUCGGUGAACCCAUCGGCAAGCGGGCACGAUGCCGCGAAGUCAAUCUCAGGUGUAUGAGGAUGGGGGGCAAGACGAGAAUCUGAAGGCGCAGAAGAAGUGCUGCGUGUACAAGUACAUCCGCGGCAACCAGUUCGUGGCAGCGCGCCAUUUCCGCCAUGGCAAGGGAUGUCCGGAAGUGACAGACGAGGCACUUGUCGACAUCCACUAUAAUAGUGAGUACAAGAUGUCCGAGAAGUUCCUAGAGCGGAUACAGCGAUUUGAGGAGCUUCACGGUGCGGCGCCUGCGGUGGAUCCGCAACGGGACGAGGGGGGGGAGGGAGAGAUGAGGGACGCGGGGGAGCAGAUCAAUGUGGACGACGACGACGAGGAGGUUGCACGGGCGGGGUCGUCAAGGAGGGAGCGAGGGAAGGGCGUUGUCAACGAGCCGGGGGGGCAGCAGGGCCAGUACGUUGCAUCGGCGCACGUGUCGGUUCGUGCACGGGCAGGUGCGGAUACACCUGAGGCAAGUGCGUCUGCGGGGAAGAGGAAGGAGAGAGAGGAGGGGGACAGACCGACGGCAGCAGCCGCAGCACAGAAGAGGAUGAGACAGAACACGAUCACGGAGUCGUUCACUUCAAAGUGGCAGAUGGAGUUCAAGAAGAAGUGGCUGCGGUUUGUGUACAGUCAGCUCCUGGCGUUCAACGUCUUCCGAAGCGAGCCAUGGUUGGACGUCGUCCGACACUUCAGGGACUUGCCGGGGCCAGUGAAGGUGUUGUGGCCUUCAGAGAAUGAGAUCGCGGACAUAGAGACCAUUGUCCACACGGCGGACGAUGUGGGAGCUGAUCUUGCGGAGGUCAGGGCUCCUUUCUAUGUCACGGGGGCCACCAUUAUGUCAGACGAAAGGAAGUCAUGCGAUGCUAGACCCAUCGUUAACUUCCUUGCCGGCGGGUCGCGUGGGGUGAUGCUCGUCCGGACGAUGAACAGGGAGGGUGAGCGGGAUCGGGCGCCUGAUGUGCUGGCGCGGUGGAUCAAGGUGUUCGAUGACUUCCCCCCUAAGUGGGUGAACGCCAUCUGCACCGACUCCGCCUCGACGUACGUCGCCGCGGCGAACAUGCUCCAGGGGCCCCAGCAGAGGUCGGAGCAUCGACGGAUCACGUGGCUCCCAUGUGCAGUGCAUGUCUGCAACAAGAUGUUGUCAGACAUUGGCUGUUCGGGCCCGUGGUCCAAGGACAUCAUCGUGAGGGGGAGAGCGGUGGUGCACUUCAUUAAGGAGCACGGCGCCGCUCUCCAUAUCUUCCGGGGGGAGAGCAAUCAGAUGGGCCUCAUCUAUCCUUGCGAGACACAUUUCGCAUCCGUGUUCGCGAUGCUGGAGCGUUUGCUGGCAGUGAGGUCAGCUUUGGAGAGGACGGUGGAUGACGAUAGUUGGGGGUCACGAGGACGAGGACGAGCCGGCGGGCCGGCGGGCCCCGCUAGCACCACUCCUGCGGCGGAUGAGCAUGAUGAGUGGAGCGACCAAGAGGACGUCCGUGGACGGAGUGGCGGAGAUGACCUUUUCAUUCAGGUUGAUUUGGAGGAGGAGUCUGGGGGUCGUCAUGGGAGCCCUUUAGAGCGUCCGAGGCCUACGUCCACCGUUUCGCUUCCCGCUGAGCGGGAGACAGAUCCUGGGUCUGCACCUUCGAGGGGGGUAGAGUCAGGGAUUGGCCAUCGUCCUCUGGGUCGCUCUGGCACGACAUCAUCCACCGCUCUUCCCACUUCAACGGAGCAGCUUCAUCGACAGCCAGCCGUUGCAAAUCGAUUGCAGAGAUUGGUGAGGGGCCCGAGACAGCGAUUGGAGGACAGAUUGGAGGGCGGUCCUGUGCCGGUGCAGGGUGACGACGGAGACAGACAGAGGUUGGUUGGUGGAGAUGGUGGUGCACUGGCCAGAGGUGGAGGCAGUGCCGAGGCUGAUGCGGCGGUUGAGGGGAUACCGAUGGGCGGAGGAGGCGGUUUCAGUGAGUUUGGCGAUAUGGGUAUGCCCCAGGGAGAGAGCGUGGAUCUGGCCCUAGGAGAGAGCGAGUCCCGUGGGGACAUCAGUGUGGGUAUGCAGGACUUAUUGGGACAGAUCAGCUUCGCGGACCCGAGUAGAGACAGCUUCAACAGAGGUUUCGAGUACGGGAGUGGAUGUCCAGCAGGGGACGCACGAGAGCGGGUUGGCACCGACAGAGGAGCCACGUUCGGAGCCGGCGCACAUCCUGCCGUGGAGCGGAGGCCAGAGGAGACAGUGAAGGAGGUCGCGGGUGUGCCUCUGCCUGCGAGUUCAGUCGAGGGUGCCGUGCAUAUGUCCCCGGGUCUGGAGGACAUACCGACGGGGAAGUCAGUGGGCGUUGAUGAUAUUUGCCCAUCGGCACAGGCGGAGGGGAUAGCGCCGACCACCGGGGGGGACGGGGCCGUAGCGGGGACCGUUGGUGCUGUAGCGGGGACCGUUGGUGCUGGCGGGUCGGGGGUGCCGUCCGCGGCCGAUCCGAUGUCCACGUCUGGGAGGGGAGACCCCACACAGGUGGACAGGCGUGACGCGGAUGGACAGGAGAUGCCACAGACUUUGGUGGUUCGCACUGCUGUGGGGCCAAUGGUGCCACAUCAGGAACCGUUUUUGGAGGGUUUUAGGUGUCCUGCACACGGCGGUGGCCCGGUCGAGGAGCGACGUGUAGGUAGGGGCGCGUGCAUACCCCCGGUCCCUACUUUUGCGCCGUCACGGACGAGGCCGGAGAUUAGGCAUGUGGCUACGCCUCGAGGCAGCCUCCCUUUUGGUUUUAUGACCGCUGAGGAGUUGGAGGACCACGGCAGGAGGGAUUUGACGGAGAUCGACCAGCGCAUUUUGAGGGGGCUUACCUUCUGGAGGUUCCGUCGCAGUGGCAUCGGGCGGGGUCGCAGGGGACUUACCUUUGGAGGUUCGGUCGCAGCGCCAUCUGGAGGCGCCGCAGGCCCUUCGUCACCCUUGAGCGCAGCUCCGAGGGAGGGCGGCAGCCUCACCCCGAGGUCAGUUGCCCGUAGACGGAGAGACACUACCCAGCGUGCGCGGGCGUUGCUGGACACCAUGUUGUUCGGUCGCACAGAUCGACCAUGGAGUGAGACGAGACGGGUGACGACGGCGAGUGUCGGUCGUCAGCCAGGUUUGAUAGGGGUUUCCACGAGCGCGAGACGUCGAGAUGUUGUAGCUGCAGGGCUUGGCGGUAGAGGGGGUGGCGGCGGUGGCAGUGAUGGUGACGGUGACGACAGACGUGAGGGUGUAGGCGGUGCCACGACGAGUGCAGUGGAUCCGCCGCGGACGUACGGUUUGAGAGAGGCGUCGAUUAUUUUGGAGGAGCCUGAUGUUGUUACACGACUGAGGCAGACCCGACACGUGCCCUUAGAUCGACGCCAGGAGGGGGAGACUUCAGGGACUGACGGUCUGCCUAUGGCAUGCGAGGCACGCCGACGUGAUGACCUAGCAGCAGCAGCCAUCAGGACGGUGAGAGGCAGGAGAGUCAUUAUGGGCGACGAUCCCGACGAGCUUCCCGUCACUCCCGAGCCUCCCGCUCGCGGACGCGGCGGCCAGCGUCAGAGAGAUCGAGAAGGCGGCAGGGAUCGAUCCCACGGAGGAGUUUCUCAUCGGUCCCAGCGAGAUCUGCGUGUGCACGACGAUCGUUGACGGAUUAUGGACUUGCAUUUUCGUGACUUUCUCAGUGUACUUUAGUUUGUUGUUAUCCAUUACAGACGUAG